CACUGUUAAGCCUGGCGUGGGCGUGGCGUGGAUGGCGGCAGUGUUUAUAUUCCUUCCUUCCAACCCGUGUUUCUGGUACAGUAGGAGCCGUGUCCCAGUGUGUUCAUAUGGCUGUGUGCGCGUGUGCAGCUUCCUCUCCUUCGUAUCCACCAGUGCAAGCGGGAACACAACCCAGUCACAUGUAGCAUCACGUUCACUCAAGAAAGCACAGCAGUAGCAGGAUGAAGUUGGCACGUGGGUUCUGUGACCUAAAUAUCUCUGCCACUGACACAGACCUGAAGAAGACCCUGCUGAAGGCUUUGAGUCUAGGCUACCAGACUUUGGCCGUCAACAGGGAGGUCACGGACACAUUUGCCCCGCACCAGAAAGGCAAGAAGAGGAAGAAAGAUGACUUCCCCGUAGUGCUGCCGCCACCUAAAGUGAGCUUGACAAAGGAGGAACUGGACAGGCAUGGCAUCAGCAGGGAGCCUGUCAUCCUGACCCGUAUCACCAUCACUUACGCUGACCCAGGAUCUGCCUUCCUCUCCAAGUUCCGCAACAACAUCAAGCAAUAUGACAUUGUUGCCUUCACACCCACCACUGACAGUGCACUCAAGCAGACGGUGAGCCAAACACUGGUGGAUGUGGACAUCAUUGCUCUAGGGCCAGAGGAGCGUGGAACAAGGUUUGCCAGGAAGCUGCUGCGACUUGCAGUGGAGAGGAACAUAUAUUUUGAACUGAGCUAUGGGCCGUGCAUCACUAACUCCACCAGACGCCAGCAAACCAUCACCUUGGCACACAUACUGCACCACAGCUUCAGGUCAGCAAACAUCAUCAUCACCAGCCAGACAAACUCUGUGCUAUACCACCUUAGGGCAAGAGAGGGACUGAGCAAAGACUACCUCUGUGGUGUACAGCAAACACCCAAUAACCUAGCACUUAAAAAAUUGCCAAUGCCUGAGGUGCAAGACUGUCCAUAUCUCCAUUUCCUUGAAGAUCGAACCUGGGAUCUCUUAGCUGUGAGUUGUAAAGGACUGGAAAUACAAGGCAUAUCCAACAUUGCAUACCGUUCUCAUCCACUCUUUGCCCAGCAGAACCUUAGCCUGGGUGCCAGUGCUGUGGACUUCAGAAUGAACUUUAUCAACUCUCAAGCAGCAAACCAGUUUUACCAAGCAUUUCCAAGUUGGUCUUAAGCUGUAGUUGUAAGGAAAUUUGGUAUUGAGUCAGGAUAACUUAUGGACAUUUUAGUUAAUUGGUUCUGAAAUAAGAGUACUGCAGUAGACUCAGUAUUCAGGUUGUUAAUGCCGAGUCAAUAGGGAGCUUUAAAAGAUUACACUCAUUUUUGAAUGAGGAAAAUAGAUAGAAAUAGGUAGGCAUGUUUCACAUUGGGACUGCCAAUUUGGUUUUUGCAACUUCCCUUAUUUUCUUGUUUUUUUUAGUGAUAUCUCAGUUUCUCAUUAGCUGUACAGUUUUCUUAGCAAGUUACACAACCUUCACUCUGUUCAAUGUGUUGCAUAUUAAUUUGUCUUCAAGGAUAGGUAAAUUAAAAUCCCAUGAAACAAUGUACACGAUAUAUAUUUAAUUUCAUCAUACUGAAAACAAAUGGUAAAGCUUUCUCCAAUAGUUUAUUAUAAAGCCGCUAAUAGUCUUAUGGAUUACUAGCCAAUGGUAUCAUGUUAAAACAACCCUAGAGUAAUAAAAGUUAAAAAUGCAUAUGAUCACAAUUAGUUUUGAACCAUACAACAUGAAAUAAUUUCUUACUUGCUCUAGGGCAAUUUUUUUUCUUUUUUGAUAUUCCUAAAUUACAUAAGUGACAUUCAGGUCAGUAGAAAACAAUGUGUAUACAAGAAAAAUUCAAAUGUCAUUGGUAAAUAGCAAUAUUAUGAAGCACUGAAUUGCAUCAUCAUUCACCACUUAACAUAGUAGUUUGCAAUGAUAGUAUGUAGAUGUAGUAUGCAGUAAAACAAGGCAGUGGUACAUAGAGGGGCCAUAUAAAUGCAGUUCUCGUAUCAGGAAACAUUCAUUCAUAGUAAAGAGUUUCUGCUCUCUCUCUCUCUCUCUCUCUCUCUCUCUCUCUCUC